ACGUCGGUCAAGUCGCACGAGAGAAAACAACCAAGCCGGCGGCGCCCAAGCGCGGCUAGUUCCUAGUGCUAGCUAGGCUACACACCAGCUAGCUAGAGCUAGCGAAAGCCAUGAGGUCGCUGCUCGCACUGCUCGUGACAGCGCUCGUCGCCGUCGUCGUCGCGUUCCCCGACGGGGCCGACGCGGUCAGCUGGACGCCGAUCGCCAACCCGGGGACGACCCUGGUCAAGCAGGUGGGAAACUUCUGCGUGAUCGUCUACAGCAACUCCGACCGCCGCAGGCACCUGCCCCUGCAGCUGGUGAUCGUGGUGCGAGGCGAGACCCAGCCGGCCGCCGUAGGCAACGGCAUUAGCGACUACCGGCUCGUGCUGAAUGUGAAGAACACGGACACCGGGAGCACAGCGCUGUACCAGUGCGUCGUGCGGGGCAAGCCCGGGUCGCGCUCCACGACAUGGGUGCUGCUCAGCUUCGUGCCAUACACGCAGGCGCCAUAGCUAGCUGCUAGCUAGCUCAUCGUCCAUCAAUCUAUCAUCGGUCCAGGCAUCCUCUUCUUCUGCGUGCUACUACAAGCUAGCUAGCGUGUUCAUCAACACAUAUAUAAAAAGUUAACAACAAUUAAGUUGCCUUUUUCUUAUGUUUAACCACAAAUAUAUGUACUUCAGCCAAGCAUCACAUCGUCGAGACAAACAACCCGCGCAGGCGGCGUAUAUGCGUACGCGCAUGCCGGUGCAUAUACCAACGGACCAAUAUAUAACGUAAUUUAUGUCUAAUCAUCUGGAGUUUCAUCCGUCUGAUGUAGUUGCUCCUCCCCAUCUCUGUGAUUCCCUUGUAAUUGUGGCGCCAAAGCCAAACAUUUGGGGCGUUUGCUCCUCCACACACCAAGAUUUCCUGGGAUCGAUCUGUGGUAAAUUAGGUGUGGGACUGUUCGUGUCCCCCAUUGCAUUCUAAAAAUAUGGAGUACUGUAUAUGAUUAGGAGUAGCAUUCAAAGCUCAGUCAACUCUACGGUAGGGCGGUAAAUCUGCAUAUAUGAUUUUUAUGUCUCGUUACUUUGUAUGUCUUAGCUUUUUGUCACCGUAUAGUGAAGUGUGGUCUAAGCACCAUGAGUCUGCUCUAAAUGGCUACACUCAUUCGUUUGCGAAUGUUGGAGACCGGAACGUAAUAUUUAUUUAAAUAAAAUAUGAUUUCUAUAUUUGCAAUACAGAGAGCAUACGUAAUUAAAAGGAAAAUACAAUGUGAAGCCCUUCAAUUUUAUCGAGUC